AUGUUUGAUUUAGUAGAAUGUGCAUACUAUUUAGAUAAUAUAGAAGCAUUGGAUUUUUCAAUAUCAUCGAUUAAAUCAUUAGAAUUACUUUUAAAAUAUCGAGUAAAUAUCAUAGAACCAUAUAAUAUCAAUAUCAAUAAUAAAAAUAACAAUAAUAACACAACAGCAGCUUCAUCAUCAUCAUUCAGUUUAAACAAUAGUAAUAGUAAUAAUUAUACAACAACAGUAGCAUUAGCAUUCAGUUUAAAAAAUAGUAAUAGUAACAACAAUACAACAACAGCAGUACCAGAACCUACAACAUUCAGUUUAAAAAAUAGUAAUAGUAACUAUAAAUAG